AAACAUGCAGUCGUCUUCUGACUGAAAUUGAAUUUUUAUUUAUAUUUUGAUUAUACGCCACACGAAUCUACAAAAUAAUGUAAAUUAGGUUCUUCGCAUUUAUUUUACUCAUAUAAACCAUCAGCCUGGAAGAAGAAAGCUAUUGAGCCGAUAGGGCCUAAACUAAAGUGAGCAUAACCUCAAAAAAUGUAUAUCAGGAUAAGAUCUGUGGACGGAAAAAAGGAGCAUAUUUUAACUGUUUCAAAGUUAACUUAUGUAGAAGAUUUAAAGGAUGAAAUAGCGAAAGUAUUUUUAGUAGAACCAGAAUUGCAAAGGUUAUUUCAUCGAGGAAAGCAGUUAGAAAAUGGCUAUAAACUUUUUGACUACAGCGUCAAUGUAAAUGAUGUUAUACUUGUUACUGUUAAAAUUAAACUUGACGAGCCAGCUAUCAGUAAAUCAAAUUAUUCUGAAGUAAAUCAAAAUGAUGGUACGCUCGAUAUUCCCGAUGAGGAAAUUGUUGAGACCGUGAGCCGCUUUUACAAAGUUGGCGAUGCCGUUGAUUGUAUCGAUACUGCUUGUGGUGCUUGGUAUGAAGCAAUUAUAGAAAAAAUAUUCAAAGUUGCGACAGAAAUACAGUACAAAGUAAAGUGGCAGUUUGGAGAGAGGGAAGAGCCUUUUGUCGUUGGAGAAAAUUGUUUAAGACCAAGAGCGUAUAGAAUUAUAAAGUUUAAGGAUCUUAAUUUGGGCCAGCGAGUGAUGAUCAAUCAUAAUAUUGAGGAUCCCCAAGAUACUGGAUUAUGGUACGAUCUGACAAUUAAAAAAAUACAUGAUACUCGAUCAGGAAAGUACUUGACAGGAACACUUCAUAUUGGAAAAGAUUAUGAGAGUGUAAAAAAUUGUAAAGUCUACCCUAGACUCGAUGAAAUCUAUGCAGUAGAGGAACCAAAACUUCUUCAGGAAAGACAUGGCGAAGUUGUGAGACCUUGUGAUACGAGACGAAGAUUGCCCAUACAAUGCUUUAGUUGUAUGGACAAUCUCAAGGAGAAUUGUAAGGAAUGUUCGUGUAGAGUCUGCGGAGAACGAAGAAAUCCGGAGCGUACUUUGAUUUGUGACGAGUGCAAUGGAGAAUAUCACCUUGAGUGUUUGAACCCUCCUCUUUCCAAAGUCCCUGAAGAUGAUGACUGGUAUUGUCCAUCCUGUAAAAACGACGAAAACGAAAUUGUGAUGGCUGGUAGUAGAUUAAAAGAGUCGAAAAAGAAAAAGUUUAGUAGAGCAGCGCAAGAGGAUAGGAAGAAAAAAGACAGAGAAAAGAGAGAUUGGGGAAAAGGAAUGGCCUGUGCGGCUCGAACAAAACAAUGUACGAUUGUGCCAGAAAAUCAUAGAGGUGCGAUCCCUAAUGUAGAAGUUGGCAUGUGUUGGCGGUAUCGAAUACAAGCAUCUGAGGCUGGUGUUCAUCGACCUCCUGUUUCUGGUAUACACGGACGAGAAAAUGAAUGUGCAUUUUCAAUUGUAUUGUCCGGUGGAUACGAAGACGAUGUUGAUAAUGGCGAAGAGUUUUAUUACACUGGAUCUGGAGGCAGAGAUUUGACAGGAAAUAAAAGAACGGCGGUACAAAGUUGUGACCAGGUUUUGACUUUAUCAAAUAAGGCACUAGCUUUAAACUGUAACGCGGUUUUUAAUUCCGAAACGGGAUCGACCUCAGAGAAUUGGAAGGAUGGCAUUCCUGUUAGAGUUUUGCGCUCUUGCAAGCUUGCCAAGCACAGCAAAUAUGCACCAAAAGAAGGCAUAAGAUAUGAUGGUCUCUAUAAAGUAGUGAGAUAUUAUCCAGAGAAAGGGAAGAGCGGUUUUAUAGUUUGGCGUUAUGUUUUGCUAAGAGACGAUCCUAUUCCCGCACCAUGGACCGAUGAAGGCAAAAAGAGAAUUGAAUCCCUGGGGUUAGAAAUGGUUUAUCCAGAAGGUUACCUAGAAUUUCAAAAGAUCAAGAAGAGCCCUGCAAAGAAAAAGCGAAAAGCAUUGGCUGGAAUUGAACUGCCUUCUAAUAAGAGAAAGAAGCAAGAAUCGUACCAGUUAGAUGAUAAGACUUCCAAAACUAUCGAGCAGGAUAAAUUAAAUAAAAAGUCUUGGAGUGAAUGCUUGUGUCGUCUUUCAGAAGGAAAAGUAAAUUUCUUGAAACAAGUGUCGGAAACGUUUACAUGCGUAUGUUGUCAAGAGGUUGUUCUAGAACCUUUAACCACACCAUGUGCGCAUAAUACGUGCUUGGUGUGCCUAAAAAAAAGUUUUGAAGCGGAGAUAUAUACCUGCCCGCAAUGUCGUUACGCUCUAGGUAACAACUAUAAAAUGGAAGUGAACAGGAAUCUGGCGAUAAUUUUGGAGUCUUUGUUCCCUGGUUACGAGAAGGGUAGAUGAAAUGUGUGAUAUGUGUAUUUCGGUGGAUUCUGCGGUUAACAGGUUUCAGCUCUUCCCCUUUGGCAAAAAAAUUCGUACAAAAAAACAUUUAUUAUCGCAGUUCAGAUAAACGUCACUUAAACUUGUUCUGCUCUCUUAUUGGUUGUCGGAUGGAACGGCGUUUUACUAUUGGUCAGGGAACCGAUCAAUGAUGGAAAGACUGGGAACGAACCAUUAUGGUAUUUCUUAGUUGCCGCAGUAGUCCUUUAGAAGGAAGGUUUUGAGGUUAUCUCCGACUUCAUUAGGAGUGAAUCGCAGUCUUGUGUGACGAUUGUGGGUCUUUGUGUCGAUAACCGGGAAUAUUUGUGUCCUUUGAAGGAAAUAAUGCCUGUAAUAAUCGCAGAUAUUUUAAGGUGUUGGCAUUAGUUGAUUUGCGACGAUAAUAUGUCGGCUCCAAGUUUUCUCAGGGCAAUGUGGGAGUUGGGGAUGGCCGAUUUGGCUGUUUGACGAAUAUUUACGAGUUUGUACUCGGGAAUGAUCUGCUGAUUUAAUUAGGUGU